UCCAAAAUCUCAGUACAAAACACGACACUGUACAGAACAAAUUCCGCCAUUUCAUUCACACAAGUCUCUCAGCCAUCACACCAAUUUUCUCGGAGUGGUUUUUCAAAAAGCUUCCUCAUUUCUAGCCAGAAACAAGGGAAGAAAAAACAACAAAAAGACAUAAACUUUAUGCUACCCUUUUCUCUUCUCUCUUCUACCUAAUGAAGAUGAAGAAAGUUUACACUUUGUUCUUGAUCUUCAUGAUUCUAACGUUUCUUGUGUCGCUUCCUUUUGUUCAAUGCUCUCGUAUUUAUCGAACAAAAAUGGAAGGAGCUAGUAGACACAUAGCAACAAGCAUUAAGGUUGCAAUUGCAAGGUUUAAGAAAGUUGGUGUUACUGUUGGCAGAGUGGAAGACUCAGCAAGAAAAGUUCCAACGGGACCGGAUCCUCUUCAUCACAACAACAACCCUUUAGAACCUUAACAAGAUGUUUGUUAGAUUUCAUGAAAUUAUUAGUAGCACUAACUCUUUCCUAUAUAGCACAUUUUGAUUUAAGGUUCAAUAUGAUAUCAUGUAUUAUCCAGUU